UUUCAAUAUAAAACGGACGGAAGAUAACAGGUCCCCAGUUCCUGUGACAUUGCCACACUUAACUGUCGUGUUUUCAUAACCCGGAAAUUUUCCGUACGUGAUACUUUUAAGCUUUAACGGAUUGAUAUUUGAAAAUGACCACGUAUACAGAUAAGGGAAAGAAGCCCGAAAAUGGAAAAUUCCUGGCGUUCGACCAUCUUACCUUUUGGGUGUCUAAUGCCAAACAGGCCGCCAGUUACUAUGUGACGAGGUUCGGGUUUGAACCGUUAGCUUUCAAGGGCUUGGAGACUGGCUCCAGAAAACUGUCUUCGGUUGCUGUCAGAUUAAAUAAGAUCGUAUUCGUUCUCCAAUCCCAAUACGAGCCCGAAGACUCGCAGCUAUCCAACGAGGUGGCCUACCACGGCGACUUCGUGAAGGACGUCGCCUUCCAAGUCGAGAACCUGGACUACAUCCUGUCGUACGCCAAGAAACAGGGGGCUGUCGUUGUGAAGGAUCUCUGGGAGGAACGCGAUGCAUUUGGUGUGGUCAGGAUGGCCGUGUUGAAGACGUACGGCGACAACACACACACUUUGGUCGACCGGACCAACUACAAAGGGCCAUUCUUGCCUGGAUACCAACUUCUACAGCAGGAUCCUAUCAACAAAUUCUUGCCUAAAGUGGAGAUAAACUUCAUUGACCACGUGGUCGGCAACCAGCCUGACAACGGUAUGGAAACGGCCGCGUCGUGGUAUGAGCGGUGCUUGCAGUUCCACAGGUUCUGGUCAGUGGACGACAAGCAGGUGUGCACAGAGUACUCAGCCCUCCGCUCCGUCGUGAUGGCUAACUGGGAGGAAACAGUCAAGAUGCCGAUCAACGAACCAGCCGCUGGGAAGAAGAAGAGUCAGAUUCAGGAGUACGUGGAGUACCACGGGGGCGCUGGUGUGCAGCAUAUAGCUCUUAAUACGGAGGAUAUUAUUACUGCGAUUACAAACCUACGCGCCCGAGGCGUAGAAUUCCUCUCCAUCCCUUCAAAAUACUACAAGCUGAUUCGCCAACAGCUAGCGCACAGCAAAGUGAAAGUAGCCGAGAGCAUAGACAUCCUGGAGAAGCUGAACAUCCUGAUAGACUACGAUGAUGAUGGAUACCUGCUGCAGAUCUUCACGAAGAACACGCAGGACCGACCUACCUUGUUCUUGGAGGUUAUACAGAGGAGGAAUCACAAUGGUUUUGGCGCCGGGAACUUCAAGACCCUAUUCGAGUCGCUCGAGUUAGAACAAGAGAAACGAGGCAACCUGUAAUAUAAUCUUAAAGUUAGUUUAACUACAA